CACCCACGUGGUGCUCAAUCCAGGAAGGAGACAACUUAGUUUUCUGUCUUCUCUGUUUCCCCUAAUAACAUUUCCAGUCCUACCAGAGAAAGAGAGAGAUAAUUAGAGCUAUAUAUUUUUUCUCUCCUUGCUUCCUUCACCUUGCUUUCACUUUCAUCCCAAGACGAGAAACAGAGAGAGAAAGAAAUGGCGUCCCCUUCAACUCCUCCAUCUCCCUCGCCUCGAGUAACGGACUGGGUCUCGCUGAGAAGGCAGUCAGAGCGUUCCAUGGAAGGAGAACUACAGCAGCUUCGAGCUGUCCUCGAGACAGAGUCAAAGACAUACACUUACAGCCAAGCUAUCUACCACAUAGAAGAGAAUCCUCGAAGUUAUAAAUAUGUAACAGCAAGAGACCGAGAUGAACAGGUUUCAUGGUUUCGGAAUAUUACCCACGAUCUCUCCUUCUCAAUCAGUGUGUUCUACCAGAGCACCCUACUACUGGACACAUUCUUGUCAACUAAAAAGACAAAGCGUGAGUUUUUGCAGACAAUGGCUGCCUCUUGCUACUCAAUAGCCACCAAAUUAGUUGAAAGUUGUGAUUCAGUGGUAGCAUUAUCACAUAAACUAGUCAGUAAGUAUUAUUCAGGGUGUUCAGUCACUGAUGUAGAAAAGAUGGAAGCAUUCUUAAUCCAAACUCCAGACAUAGCCUCAGCGAGGUCUCUUCACACAAUACAGGACUAUAUCAAAAAAUUUCACAGAUUAGCCGAAAGAAGUGAGAUGUUCUCCCUUCCUCAGUCUCUAACUCUUUCCUCUCAUUUGUGUCACCUUUAUAAGUGUGCCCAGCACGUUGUAUGUAAUCAUGAGCUAAUGAAAUACAGGCCUUCAAUGCUAGGAUUAGCAAUACUGGGUUGUCAUUUAAAGCAGUUGAACUGCGAUUGGUUAUCAACACUACUCUACCUUGAAGAAAUACUCCAGAUAAGAGGUGGAGAGUUAUCAAUAUGUUACGAGGCUGUAGCUGCUUAUUUCCCGACAUACUUUGCCUCUACACCUCUCCCAAGACUACCUUCCUCUCAAUUGACUCCAUCAAAACCUCCUCGUCUUCAAAAGUGGUGUGACUCCAGUGGUAGUCAUGGUGACAACGACGAUGAUGAAGAAGAUGAUGGAACUCAUAAAGAAGGCGUUAUAAAAGAAAAGAAAGUGAUUCGUAGGAAGAAUAGGAGGAGAUACCGCCCACCGACUAGCAGGACAAUAAAUGUGGCUAUAGUUUAGAGGUGGAGCCUGUUACUAAAUUUAGUUACAAGGGAAGAAAUGUUACUAUAAAUAGAAUUAAUCUGAGCUGUACAAUAUUAUCGUUAUUACUGACAUUCAAAUGGCAUAUUUCAAUUAUUCAUUAUCACAAGUGCACAGACCACAACCACUCUUUCCCUCUAUUUAUCUCAUUGAUUAUUCAUUAUCUUCUUUAUUAAUUUUAA